AAAGUCACAAAGUUCAAUAAAUUCAUAGUUUAAAAUAAGAAAGUAGGGUCAUUGCAAAUCCAAAGGAUUCAGUUUCACCACUUUCCAACGGCCAAAAUUUCUAUCUUCAACCCCCAAAGCUCCCUUUUCUAUUUUCUCUUUUAGCAACCAUAAGAACGAUCCCAUUUUCGUCGGCAAAUUUCGUACCUUUUUCUUAAGGAAAAAAACAAUGUCAAACAAGUCCCCAAUCUUCCCAAUUCAUGAACCCCAACAUUUCAGUGACUAUGGUUUCGAUCCCCAAAUCGAUUAUUUUCAGGUUUUAGAAGAAGCAAAGAAGCACAGAAAGGAAACACCAAGGUCCAUAGAUUCACUACAUUUCAAGCUCCAGAAACCCAUUUCAAAAGACGAACAAUUCACCAAAAAAACCCAACACAAGUUGGGUUACAAGAAGAAGAAACGCUAUUGGUGGUGGAAGAAUGCUCUGUUUUUCUUCAAAUGGAAAAAAUGGGGUGGUUUUAAAAGCACCACCACCGGAGGCGGAUUAGAUCUUGACCUUGAUCUUGAACCAGAUGUUCAUCGAGCCAGGGCUCGAGCUUUCAGGGCUGCUUCGAUGUCUGGACCUGUUUAUAUAACAGAGAGUAGAAGCGGUUGGACCACACCUUAUAAAACCAGCGUGAGUUGUCGACGAAGACCAUCUUCUUCAGGUCCAUUGGCAGGUUCAUUGACUCCAUAUCUAAGUUUACGGGAGCUUAACAUGGAGUAUCAGCAAAGGGUUUCUUCUUCUUCUACCUCUGCUAUGCCUAUUUAUUUGGUUACUUGAGAAUCAAAUUAAAGAACCCAUCUUGUUUUUAAUGGAGGAAACAGGGGUUUUUGUCUCCAUUUUUUAUUGUCGUUGCAAUGCUUUUGCUUUAUUGAUUUCUGCAAAGAAAAGUAACGAUCUCGUGCCUUAACUAUUAAAA